GUUCAGUGUUGUUUUGGAACAUAGCUCUAUCUGAACUCUGCAAGGACUAACUUAUUCUUUGGAUAAAUCGUACACUUUCAUCGAUCUGUAAUUUUGGAUCCGGAUUAACUAGAUUUUGACACAUUUUUAAAUAUUGCACUUCUUACUAUUAUUAAAUACCAUGAAAGCGCAGUGUGAUUUACAAAUGGCUACUAAACAGAUGGAUCAGAAAAUGUUGAAAGGAAAAGUGAAUAAAGAACGUGACGUUUCUGGUGAAGAAAUGCAGUCUCUCUUGUGCAAAUUGAAGACCUUGGUACCCAACAUGCCUCGACACAAGAAAUUAUCUAAAUUGGAAAUAAUUCAAUAUGUCAUCGAUUACAUUAUGGACCUUCAGAUCGCUUUGGAAACACAUCCUGCUGCUACUAGGCCUAAUAAUGCCGUUCUAUCAGGAAUUAGUCCAAACCGACAACCUCUUGGAGUAUUAUCACCAUCAAUUAAUACCUGUGCAGCACAAGAAGUUACUCAGUCUGAAAAAAUCCCCAUCGUUGAUGUGAUUAGUGCCAACAGACCUGUGUCCUGCUAACUGUUCAGCAAUAUCUUAUCUGUGAAUAUAAGACUGUUUUAUUUUCUUUUUUUUUUCAAUGGGCCUUUCUUUCUGUGAAUGUCUCCGACUGCCAAGUCCCAUUUGCAUCAACUAGUCUCUUCAGUAUGUGGUCAUUGUUUGGCAUUGGUGUCAUUGUUCUUUGUUGUUACACGAUCUCAACUGUUCAUUGAAUAUGUAUGUAGCCAAGAUUCCUUGGGACAUAACAUGAAACCCUACUUAAAUAUGAUCACAAGCAAGGUAUUUGUGUUGUACUCAGACUCCAAGUCUCAGAAAUAUAAUCAGUUUUUCCAUUAAACUUAUUUAUAAAAUAAUUAUAAAUUAUUUUUCAAACUUUUAAAAUUAAAAAAAAAUUAAAAUAUAAGCCUACUGUUUGAUUUGUGAUUUUUUCAAGCAUAGCAUAGCUUUUAAUUUGUCUUUUAUGUUAAGGUAUCUUUUAUAUUUAUUCAAAAAAAAUUAUGGAAUUUCUUUUCAUCUUGCUUCACAAUUACCUUGCCUAUGGAUAUUGUAUAUAUUUUGUAAAUAGAAAUCUAUAUGAGGUGUGUGAAAAAAAAAUCUGGUUUUGAAUUGCUUUCUUAAAAAAAAAUUAAAUCUAUAAUCAUUGCUAACAUUUUAUUUAUAGUUAAAAAAAAAAAAGAACAAAUUUUAUCCACAAACAUAAGUCCAUGUUUUCACAUGUAGAGCUUUCUUUUUUAUUUUAUAUUACAAUUUUUCCGUUUUAUUUCAAGAACAAAUGUAUAUAAGAAAUGAAUGUACAUCACCACUUCAUGAAAAGAAAAAUUUUUUUUACCUUGAUGUGAAUUAUGUUCCUGGAGUGUUCUAGAUGAUCUAUUUAAAACACUUGAUUUGAAAUGAGUUACACAAGUAGGCUAUGUACAAAUGGUUUUUGUGAUAUUUUCUGGCAUAGCCAGAUUUUGUAUAAAAUGUAUUCAAAUUGUAAAAUAUAAAAUUACAGAUUAAAUAUAUUAUUUAGAAUGGUGAA